UUUGUAAGCCUGGGACCAGGACAAUACCACAGUGCCUGCGAUACCACAGAAAGGAUUGGGGAAGAAGGCAAGCAGUGUUACCAUGGAUAAGGACAACAUGACCCUAGCUGACCAGCAAUAUGAAUGUGUAGCUGAGAUUGGUGAAGGAGCCUAUGGUAAGGUUUUCAAAGCCCGGGAUUUGAAGAAUGGAGGGCGCUUUGUAGCGCUGAAGAGGGUGAGAGUGCAGACGAGCGAAGAGGGGAUGCCACUUUCCACCAUCCGGGAGGUGGCUGUACUGAAGCACCUGGAAACAUUUGAGCAUCCCAAUGUGGUCAGGUUGUUUGAUGUAUGCACAGUGUCCCGAACAGACCGAGAGACCAAACUAACACUUGUGUUCGAGCAUGUCGAUCAAGACUUGACCACUUAUUUGAAUAAAGUUCCAGAACCUGGAGUGCCAAGCGAAACUAUAAAGGACAUGAUGCUGCAACUGCUACGAGGCCUUGAUUUUCUGCAUUCACACAGAGUGGUCCACCGUGAUCUGAAACCCCAAAACAUACUAGUAACCAGCAAUGGACAGAUAAAACUAGCUGAUUUUGGGCUUGCGAGGAUUUACAGUUUUCAGAUGGCUCUUACCUCUGUGGUUGUCACUUUAUGGUACAGAGCUCCUGAAGUUUUGCUUCAAUCAAGUUAUGCAACACCAGUUGAUCUUUGGAGUGUUGGUUGCAUUUUUGCAGAAAUGUUCCGUAGAAAAGCCCUAUUUCGUGGAAACUCUGAUGUUGAUCAACUAGGAAAAAUCUUUGAUGUAAUUGGGCUUCCAGAAGAAGAAGAUUGGCCUAAUGAUGUUGCCCUUCCAAGAAAUGCCUUCACGUCUAGAACCCCGCAGCCUAUUGAAAAUUUUGUAGCUGAUAUUGAUGACCUAGGCAAAGACUUGCUACUUAAAUGUUUAGCAUUCAGCCCCACAAAGAGAAUAUCAGCGUAUGAUGCCUUAUGUCACCCUUAUUUUCACGAUCUGGAGAAAUGCAAGGAGAGUAUGGACUCUGAUAUGUCAUCCAGUCAAAACUCCUCUGAGAUAAAUACACCAUAAAGAUGCUUCAAACUCA